AUUAUUUCUCUCAAUUGUUUGUUGCAAAACACGUCGAUCAUAUCAUCAAGAUGAUGUUCACAGCAAAGUGUGCCAUGCAAAACAUCAGAAACGUGGCGAUCGUUGGAUCAGGGCAGAUGGGAUCGGGAAUAGCUCAAGUUACGGCGAGUAGUGGAUUCAAUGUGAUGCUGGCCGAUGUUAAUAAAAAAGCACUUGAUAGAGCGAUGAAGGCAAUUAGUCAAAGUGUGACGCAUCUUUCAAAAAAGCAAAAAGGAACUGAUAAGGAAAAGUCGGAUUUCGUGACUCUCACAAUGUCACGUAUCAAAACGUGUAACAAUGUGUCAACCGCCGUUGCUGAUGCCGAUCUGAUCAUCGAAGCCGCCAUUGAGAACAUCGAUUUGAAGCGGGGAAUCUUUGCCCAAAUCGAGCAGUCUUGCAAGAAGGAUUCGAUUUUGACCACGAACACUUCAUCGUUCCUUCUUGAGGAUGUCGCCAAAGGAUUGCAAGAUAAAACUCGCUUCGGAGGACUCCACUUCUUCAAUCCGGUGCCAGUUAUGAAGCUUCUCGAGGUAAUUCGAUCUGAUGACACUUCGGAUGAAACAUAUGCAACGCUGAUCAAGUUUGGAACAGCUGUUGGAAAAACAACAGUCGCUUGUAAGGAUAGUCCUGGAUUCAUUGUCAAUCGUCUGCUUAUUCCAUACUUUUUCGAAGCAGCGAGAAUGUAUGAACGAGGAGAUGCAUCAAUGACCGACAUCGAUGAAGCCAUGAAGUUGGGAGCAGGACAUCCAAUGGGACCAUUCGAGCUGGCCGACUACAUUGGUCUCGACACGGUCAAAUUCGUCAUGGAUGGAUGGGCAGCAAAGUAUCCAGAAGUACAACUAUUCGAAGCAAGUCCAUUGGUAGAUAAGCUGGUUGCCGAGGGAAAACUUGGAAGAAAAACUGGUGACGGAUUCUACUCGUACAAGAAAUAAUAGGAAAGAUUACUUCUGUUUUUUGAUAGAAUAAAACAUUCUUACUUUU